UUUCACUUGUGCGUAUUUCAUUUUCUGGCAUGGGCUUCGCCUUCUUCCUCUUCUUUUUUAACCUUGAGGUUUUUUUAAUUAACUAACGGAAAUUCUUUUGAAUAGGAAAAAGAGGAGGAGGACCCAGAUCGAGUAAGUCUAAACUGAUUGAGUUUGCUUUGAAUCUUUAUAUUCAAGAAUUUUGCAUAAAAGAUCACUCUAUUGGAGACUGUGGAAGAGCCAAGUGAAGAUCUUCGGUUUUGUAAUUAGUUUUGGAAUAAUCUGAAGAUGUCUGGAUCACAAGAUCAGCUGGAGAUCAAGUUUAGGUUGACUGAUGGAUCGGAUAUCGGUCCAAAGAACUUCCCAGCAGCUACGAGUGUGGCAACCUUGAAGGAGAACAUUAUAGCUCAAUGGCCUAAAGAGAAAGAAAAUGGUCCACGGACAGUAAAAGACAUCAAGUUAAUCAGCGCAGGAAGAAUACUGGAGAACAAUAGAACCGUGGCGGACUGUAGGAGCCCGUUAUGUGAUAUUCCCGGAGGAGUCACGAUAAUGCAUGUUGUUGUUCAACAACCAUUGAUGGAGAAAGAGAAGAAAUAUCCAAACGACCCGAAGCCGUAUAAAUGUGGCUGCGUUAUAUUAUGAGAUGAUAUUCCGGAAGGCAAAACCAUUUCUUGUGGAUGAAGAUCCCUCGAGAUGGUAUAUUACUUGGAUUGAUUCUUGCAAGGCAAGUCGUAAAAUGUGUAGUCAUCCACGAUUGUUUCUUGGUCUGAGGUCCAAGUGUCCAUAGUCAUCGAUUUUAAAUCUAUAUAGCAUACCUUUUUUUAUUUUUAUUUUUUUGUUCUGUUGAAUUUUAUUUGCUCCGAUCUUGGCUUUCUUUUCUAUUGAAGAAUUCUUUCUUUGGAACAAAUCAUUUAGUAGUUGCAGAGUCAAAGUUAUAUCCUAUUUCAAUAUGUGAUGGCUGGUCGAAUUAAAACCAAAAUACGUUUUUUUAUUAGCUUUGAUUAGUUGAUCGUAUAGAUCCAAUAUUUCAAUUUUCUUAUUA